AAACACAUGUGGGAGAGAGAGCAGACAGGUGGCUGAACAAGGCAGCCCAGGAAUGCUGAGGGAAGAUGGCAGAGAGCUCCCUGUACACGCAGCGCCUAGAGGCCAUCGUGGGGCGGCGCAAGGUGCAGGAGCGGAUCCUCCGGACGCGCCGGGAGCUGGAGGAGGAGAAACUCCGAGCCCAGCAGCUCAAGAGGAAGUCUCUGCGAGACUGGUGGCUGAUGGAGGGGUCGUGUCUGCCCCCAGAGAACGACCCCACCUCCCUGCUAUGGCAGACACAGUCCCGCAUCCAGGAGCUAGAGCAGGAUCUGUCCAGCCUCCAGUCUGAGAUGCAGCAGCUGGAUAACCCGGAGCAUCACGGCAAGUCGCACGAGGCCUUGGAAGAUGCCAAGCAGCCAGCAGGGGGCACCUGUGAGGCCCGUGGGGCUGGCUCUGCUUCGGCAGGUGGCGGGGGUUGUGUCUGCGAGACCGAACCUGCCCUCCCCCUGGCUCCAGUCCCCGCCAAGAGGGCCACGCGAGCGGCAGCCCGGGAGACCCUGGAGAACGGGGACGUGUCAAGAGCAGGUCCCUUUGGCGUGGAGGGGAUCAGCCCUGGGGAGGGCAAGACUGAAGCCAGCUCUGCUGCCCCAGGAAUUUGGGAUGACGGGGCAGGGGCCUCCACCAAGCAGCCAGAGAGGCUGGACACGGGCAAAGUGGAGAUGAUCAUUAGAAACCACCUGGGCCAGGAAGUGGGCAGCAUGGACACCAUCAGGCGGACGUCUGCCGAGACGGAGGGGGAAGCUCCCCGGGGAGAGAAUGGGUUGGAGGAGGCUUGGGACGGAAGGACAGAGCGGGAGCUGCAGAGCCCGCCUGCCUUUGCGAGUAAUGCCCUGGACAGCAGGAUGGAGGAGAGCGUGGCAGGGGAAGGGAGCAGAGAGGGGCCGGAGGGAGAAUCCGGGGUGCAGGAGGGGGAGACGCAGGCCCUGCCAGUUGAGAACUGCUGCCUCGAUUCCCCGAGGCCCGAGCCGGAUGGGGAGCUGGAAGAGCCAAUCGGGGUUGUGGAAGAGGGGGAGAUCUCGGCUGAGCCUGCCAGGGGAGCCACGGAAAUGGAGGAGGCAGAGGCUGCCCAGAGGACUCGGGGCAGGGCAGCAGAACCAGAGAGGCCGCAGGAGCUGGGACCCACUCAGGGGAGAGGCCCUAUGUGGCAGGAGCCUGUUAGGGAACAGGAACGUCAGGUGUCCCCCGGGGCAGAACAUCCCCAGGCUGCAGGAGUGGGAGAAGGAACAGAAACAAAGGCCUCUUUGCAGGACCAGAUCCCAGCUCUGCAGGGACAGAUCCUCUCCCCCCAAGAGGCUAAAGCAGCUCUCUGGGACCAGAUCCCAGAUCUGCUGGACCAGAUCCCUUCCUCUCUUCAGGAGGCUAAAGCCCCUCUGCAAGACCAGAUCCCAGCUCUGCAGGGACAGAUUCCCUCACCCCAAGAAGCUAAAGCAGCUCUCCGGGACCAGACCCCUUCCUCUCUGCAGGAGGCUGAAAUAUCUAUGCAAAAUCAGAUCCCAGCUGUGCAGGACCAGAUCCCAUUGUCUCUGCUGGAAGUUAAAACAUCUCUUCAGGGCCAGAUCCCCUCACCACAAGAGGCUAAGGCAGCGCUGCAGGACCAGAUCCCUUCCUCUCUGCAGGACCAGAUCCCUUCCUCUCUGCAGGAAGCUAACAUCUCCCUCCAGGACCAGAUCUCAUCAGCUCUCCAGAACCAGAUCCCUUCACCCCACGAAGCAAAAGCAGCUCUGCAGGACCAGAUCCCUUCCUUUCUGCAGGAGGCUGAAGUGUCUAUGCAAAACCAGAUCCCAACUGUGCAGGACCAGAUCCCAUUGUCUCUGCUGGAAGUUAAAACAUCUCUUCAGGGCCAGAUUCCCUCACCACAAGAGGCUAAGGCAGCAGUGCAGGACCAGAUCCCAUCCUCUCUGCAGGACCAGAUCCAAUCUAUGCAGGACCAGAUCCCUUCCUCUCUGCAGGAAUCUAACAUCUCCCCCCAGGACCAGACCCCAUCAGCUCUCCAGAACCAGAUCCCUUCACCCCACAAAGCUAAAGCAGCUCUGCAGGACCAGAUCCCUUCCUCUCUGCAGGAAUCUAACAUCUCCCCCCAGGACCAGACCCCAUCAGCUCUCCAGAACCAGAUCCCUUCACCCCACGAAGCUAAAGCAGCUCUGCAGGACCAGAUCCCGUCCUCUCUGCAGGACCAAAUCCAAUCUAUGCAGGACCAGAUCCCUUCCUCUCUGCAGGAAGCUAACAUCUCCCUCCAGGACCAGAUCCCAUCAGCUCUGCAGGACCAGAUCCCUUCACCCCACGAAGCUAAACAUUCAUUCCACAGGCAGAUCCCCUCCAGCCAAGAGCCAAUUCCUGCAUUUCACGGGGAGGUACCGCUUACCUCAUCCGGCAGAGCACCAACCCCAGAGGAGGUACCUUCCCGACCCACGGAGAGCAUGGCCCUGAAAGGAGGCAGCGGCACUGGCCUGGUUUCAUCGGCUGCAGAAGAAACCACUGAAAACCUAGGGAAGCUCCACCCGGAGCAGCAGCCUCUGCUUAAGGAAGCCUCCGGGCUCUGGAUGGGCUGGAAGCAGCCACAGGAUCCCAUGGCCAGGAGCCUGCAGCCAGGAGCUGGCACCUUGAAGUCGCUGGCAGCCGGGAGCCCAGAGGCCCCGACAUACACCACCGCCUCUGCCAACACCGCCUCUCCAUGCCAGGGCAGGAGCACCACCACCAUCCGGCCAGGAGAUGGGCAGGAGACGGGCAGACACAAGCAGAAGACGUGCCAGUGCUGCUCUGUCAUGUGAUCCCGGCCCCGCCUGCCACUGGGAUGGGGCAUCGAGAGCCCCAGCCGGAGACCGGCCAGUCAGAGGGGCCUUGCUCCAGUGCCUCGGUCCCUGCAGCCGCAGCUCAGUCCCUUGGUGUUUUAAUUCCCCCGGGGAGGCUGUUCAUUUGUUCUGCCUGAUGUUUUCCUACGGAGGGGUGCCUGGGGUAGGCAGUUAGUUUGGGGGGGCACCUGUCUCCUGCUGGCAGGACAUGGCUGCUGGCUGCAGCACUAAUUUCAUGUCUGGUUGGUUCUGUCCCCAGCCCCUGCAUGGAGAGGUCCUUUUCCUUCCAUCCCUGCCACGUCUGCCCCUUUUGGAGCUCUGAGUUCUGGGCGAAGUGGGAGGUCUCCUAUUCCUGGGUGUUCAGGGCCCCAGCUCACACUUCUGCACACGCCUGUAUACACGCAUGCUUGCCUCCUCCCCUGCAUGAAUGCACAUGCCCCUGCCCGAAUACAAACCUCUGCGUACAAACGUGUACACGCGCCCAGUCUCCCACACACCCCUAAAUACGCAGGCAAGCUCCCAUGUACAAAUGCAGCUCUAGUAUGAUAUGCUCACAAGUACACGUGCACCCUCCAGUACAGAAGUACACACAGACACAAUGCUUACCCCUCUGCACACGGACACUGCACACGCAUCACGGCCCAGACAGGUGCACUCACACUCUCACACUCACACACAGGCCUGACACAAUCGCACACUGGCAAGCGCCUUGCCAGAUGCUUGCACACACCCAGAUGUGCGCACACGAGCACACGUGAGCUCAGCCUCCAGCUAAACUGGGCACUGCCCGGCUGCC